AUGGUAGAGCGCAAGCUUGUAAUCCAUGAUGGUCGGCCUGAGGAUCGUCAAGUAGCUGUCACUAAACUCGAGAAGAAAAAGGAACAGCUUAUCUAUGAUCAUCUCUGGAAGGUAUUUGAUGGAUAUGCUCUUGUGCAAGAUCGUAUCGCGCUCAUUACUAAACCUGGCGGGGAGUUUGUCAAUGACCGGACCAUCACUCUGUUAGAUGAUGGCCUACAUAACUCCAGUAAUCGCUACCUGCGAUAUCAGUUGACCUCGAAUGUGGCAAUUUGCAAUCAGGAAUUAUCAACACCCAAAAACAACCAAGUAGAAAUUGACAAAUUUUCUGAUUCUUUGUUGUCCGCUUCCUCGUCCUGUUCGUUGACCAAUACCUUCGACGGUGAAAGUGGUGAUGAAAACACCCCAGUUGAUAACUGCGAGCUGUCUUCAGAUUGGUUAAUGGAUUUCGACAACCUGCCCCUUCAGAUACCUGCUCUAGAAGCCAAAAAGCGCCAGAGUGUUGAAGCCGCAGCAGGUUCGACUACUAUGAAAUGGAAAUCUGCUAGAGUCAUCGAAAGCAGAGAGGGAGCUAUCCAAUCUCGGGAAGCCCACCUUGAUAAAAUGGAACAGGAUAUCACCGCACGUGUUGCAGAACUACAAGCUCGAGAGUCCGACAUCGAUUUCCAUGAGCAAGAAUUCAAUACACGUCUCUCAACAGUUAUGACAAGGGAGAAUGACAUGGAGAUUCGUGAACGCGAAUUACUCGCUAGCUGGACCCAAUACAGCAAACUCUUCUCAGAAGCACAAAAUAUCAAAUUUGACCUCAAUGAUAGAGAAUUUGACCCGGAUCAGCGAGAAUCUAGGGUUGAACAGGGAGAAGCUGCUAAUGCGUACUCGAGAAAAUUACACGAGCAAAAAUCACUGCAGAGCUUAAGUGUCGAAUUCUCGAUGCCGAGUCACUCGAAGAAUCUAUUGAAAUUCGCAAUGUAG